AUGCUCCGCCUGCCCAUCGCCUUCCCCUGGCCGUUGGAGCCGGGAGGGUCUGGGGGGUCUCGGGAGCCCUGGCGGGGGGUUUCGGGGGGGGGGCUGCGCUUCGGGACCCGCCUGCGCUGCCGCCCCUCACCCCCCGCCCGCGGACCCCCCUGCGCCCCCCCCCUCCGCCCCCCGACGCUGCUGGAGCCGCUGCUGCGACCCCCGGGGGGUGUCGGGGGGUCUGUGCCCCCCCCCAGCGGCUGCAACAACGGGGGCGUCUGCUCGGUAACGGCGCUGCCCCCACAGGGGUCCCGGGGCGGCUGCGCGACCCCCGCCCCGGGGGCGGCACCGGCGGCACCAGUAACACCAGUAACACCAGUAACGGCGGCGGCGGCGGCGGCCCCGGAGGCUCCGGGGGUCCCGGGGGGGUCCCGGACCCCCCUCCCGCCGCACCAGUGGCGGCGCUGGGAACGGCGGCGGCGGCGCUGGGGGGCCCCGGGGGGGAUCCCGGGGGGGGGUCCCGGGGGGGGUCCCGGCAGCGACCCUGAAGCUCCGGAGCCCCCGGUCCCGUCCUCGCUCCCGGGGGGUCCCGGACCCGCUCCCGGUGGUGUCAGAGCUCGUCCCGGGGGUCCCGGGGGUCCCGAAUCCCUUCCCGGGGGUCUCAGAUCAUCUCCCGGGGGUCCCGGGGGUCUCAGAUCAUCUCCCGGGGGUCCCAGGGGUCUCGACCCCCUCCCGGGGGUCCAGGAUCCCUUCCCCGGAGUCCUGGACUCUCUCCCGGGGGUCCCGGAGCUGCUCCCGGGAGUCCCGGGGGUCCCAAACCCUCUCCCGGCGGCCCCGGCCCCUCUCCCGGGGGUCCCGGAUCCCUUCCCGGGGGUCCCGGGGGUCCCGUUCCCCCUCCCGGAGGUGCCCCCCUCCCCCUGCGCCCUCGGGCCCUGUUUCAACGGCGGCGCCUGCGCCCCCUCCCCCCCGGGACCCCCCCCCGGGACCCCCCCCGGGACCCCCGGCUACAGCUGCCGCUGCCCCCCCGGCUUCCGGGGCUUCAACUGCGAGCGCCGGGCGGACCGGUGCGACCCCCAGUACUGCCUGAACGGCGGUCAGUGCCGGGACUCUCAGGGUCUGGCCCCCCUGUGCCGCUGCCCCGCGGGUUUUUCGGGCCGCCGGUGCCAACACAACGCGGACGAUUGUUCGCCGAACCCCUGCGCGCACGGGGGGACGUGCCAGGACGGCCCCAACUCCUUCACCUGCUCCUGCACUUUGGGCUUCGGGGGUCCCCGCUGCCGGCGCCGCUCGGGGGGCUGCGCCCCCAACCCCUGCGCGCACGGCGGGACCUGCUUCACGCACUUCUCGGGGCCUCUGCUCCUGCCCCCGGGAUUCAUGGGGGUCCGCUGCGAGGAGGAGGUGGGGGGCGCGCCCCCCGGGACCCCCCCGGCCCGACGGGGACCCCCCGCGCCCCUCGCGCUCUGCGCCCUCCCCCUCGUCCUGCUGGGGCCCGGGGUGGGGCUGGCGGUGGCCCGGAGGAGGAGGGGGGGCAG